GCGCCUACAUUGCUGCGGGCACUGGGACAGACAGCCCCUGAUGAGGAGUCAAAAGACCGGAGGGCAACACCGACCUGGGACCCAGCCACAGUAGUCGCCUUCACCCCAUGGAACCACUGGGCUACGGCAUCGGGACAUGACUGGGUCCUAACUCUAAAGAGCAGCAGGCAGAUACAGACUGCACUCCUCCUACAAAAU